AUGGGAAAAACUUAUCAAGAAGUCCAUAGUAAAACCCCAUUCGAACCCCACGUAUUACUCUUUCCAAUUCCAUUCCAAGGCCCCGUUAAUUGUUUUCUAAAGUUAGCCGAACUCCUUUGUGUUUCCGGCAUUCAUGUCACCUUUCUUAACAAUAAUCACAUCCACGGUCCUCUUUUACGCCACACCCAAGUAUUGUCUCGAUUCAGCCGCUACCCUAACUUCCGUUUCGAGACAAUACCAGAUGGGCUGGAGCAUGAAAAUCCGGUCUCUGGAGACCGGUUCCAAGAGGUUAUGGACGCUAUAGAUGUAGUGACUAAACCACUUUUUAGGGAGAUGAUUGUUUCGGGUAGUUUGAGUAGGAGAUCUAAACGGCCGGUCACAGUAAUGAUAGUCGAUGGCGUGUUUAGUUUUGCAGCGGAAGUGGGUUUUGAAACGUCUACUCCGGUUCUUAGUUUUGAAACCAUUAGUCCAUGCUGCUUGUGGACUUCUUAUUUCCAUCUCCAUAACCUUAUUGAAGUUGGGCAUCUUCCUUUCAAAGGAAAUGAUUUAGACGAACCCAUCAAAAUUGUGGUCGGCACUGAACAUGUUCUGCGUAAACGGGAUCUUGCUGAAUUUUGUCGUAAAAAGAAUCUGUCCGACCCUGAAAUUCAACGUACCUUAAAAGAAGCCAAAACAAUUCCUCGGACUCAAGGGCUCAUACUCAACACAUUCGAAGAGUUGGAUGGUCUAAUACUGUCACACAUGAGAAAGCUUUGCCCAAACAUUUACACUAUAGGCCCGUUACACUCUUUACACGAAGCCCGACUUAUUCCCAAUAAGUCCCCCAAAACCUCCUUCUCAAACAGCAUUUGGAAGGAAGAUCAAACUUGCUUGUCAUGGCUCGAUAAAUUUCCUUCAAAAACGGUUGUUUAUGUCAGUAUUGGAAGUAUGGCAACCUUGACAUUUGACCAGAUGCUCGAAGUAUGGCAUGGCUUGGUAAAUAGUAACAAACCUUUCUUGUGGGUGAGACGCCCAGGGUCAAUCACUUGUGAGAACAACGAGUCUAUUGUUCCGAAUGAAUUACUGGAGUAUUCACAAAAAAUGGGGUGCAUAAUAGAUUGGGCACCACAAGAAGAUGUCCUAGCCCAUCGAGCCAUUGGUGGGUUUUUGACACAUAGUGGGUGGAACUCGACCUUGGAGAGUAUCGUCCAAGGUAUUCCAAUGAUAUGUCGGCCGUUUUACGUGGACCAACUAGUGAAUAGUCGAUUUGUUGGAGAGGUAUGGAAAGCUGGAAUCGACGUAAAAGAUACAUGUGAUCGGUUGAUUAUUGAAAAGGCCGUGAGGGAUAUCAUGGAUGUGAAACGAGAUGUGUUUACUCAAACUACCAAUACUUGGGCUAAUUUGGCGAAAGAAUCCAUUAGUGAGACAGGGUCGUCAUCCAUAAGUUUGAGUCGUUUAAUCGAUGAUAUAAGAGUAAUGACCUCGACAAUGAAGUAA